GGGCUUGGUGGGCGUGGCCUCACGAGGCAGGGGCGGGACCUCCAGUAAGCCUUACCCCGCCCCCCGACACGUGUUUCUGGGCCGGCUAGUAGCUGGGAGAAGAUGGCGCUGCCUGCAGCGGCUGGUCGCGAGGACGAUGGCCAAUUUGGCACCAUGAAGGUCUUCUGUGGGCGAGCGAACCCAACAACAGGCUCAGUGGAGUGGCUGGAGGAGGAUGAGCACUAUGAUUAUCACCAAGAGAUUGCAAGAUCAUCAUAUGCAGACAUGCUGCAUGAUAAAGACAGAAAUGUGAAAUAUUAUCAGGGCAUCCGGGCUGCUGUGAGGAGAGUGAAAGAAAGAGGACAGCCGGCGAUAGUUCUGGACAUCGGAACUGGCACCGGACUUCUGUCAAUGAUGGCAGUUAGUGCUGGGGCUGAUUUCUGCUAUGCCAUUGAGGUUUUCAAACCUAUGGCUGAUGCUGCUGUGAAGAUUGUGGAGAAAAAUGGCUUCAGUGAUAAGAUUAAGAUCAUUAAUAAACAUUCUACUGAAGUCAGUGUGGGACCAGGUGGUGACAUGCAGUCCUAUGCAAACAUCCUGGUCACUGAGCUGUUUGAUACAGAGCUGAUAGGGGAAGGUGCCUUGCCCUCCUAUGAGCAUGCCCAUAAGAAUCUUGUAGAGGAAAACUGUGAGGCAGUGCCUCACAAAGCAACUGUAUAUGCCCAGCUGGUGGAGUCCAGAAGGAUGUGGUCCUGGAAUAAGUUGUUUCCUAUUCAUAUCCAGACAGACAAUGCUGAGAAAAUUAUUGUUGCUCCCUCAGAAAUGGAGAAUUGCCCUGGAGCUCCAUCAGUUUAUGACAUUCAGCUGAACCAGAUGCCAUUGAGUGACUUCACUGUCCUCAGUGAUGUACUGACAAUGUUUAGUGUGGACUUCAGCAAGCAAGUGAAUAGCUCACCAACCUAUCACACAAUGCAGUUUGAGCCUCUAGUGUCUGGCAGAGCACAGGUGGUUCUGUCUUGGUGGGAUAUUGACAUGGAUCCUGAUGGGAAAAUAAAGUGCAGUAUGGCGCCUUACUGGGUGCAUUCUGACCCUAAAAAUAUCCAGUGGCGAGAUCAUUGGAUGCAGUGUGUCUAUUUUCUGCCAAAUGAGGAGCCAGUGAUCCAGGGUGAAUCCCUCUAUUUGACUGCUCACCGUGAUGAUUAUUGUGUGUGGUACAACCUUCAUAAAACCAGGCUUGAAAAAAGCAAGAGUAACUUCCACGGAGAGCGUCCAGUCUGUGAAUGUCAAGCCCAUUUGCUCUGGAACCGGCCACGGUUUGGAGAACUCAAUGACCAAAGCAGAACCGAACAGUACAUCCGAGCACUGAAGAAGGUAUUGAAAGCAGACAGUGUUUGUCUCUGCAUCAGUGACGGUAGCCUGCUUCCAAUACUGGCUCACUGUGUGGGGGCAGAACAGGUAUUCACAGUAGAGAACUCGGCAGUGUCACAUCGACUGAUGAAAAAAAUUUUUAAGGCUAAUCACCUAGAGGAUAAAAUUAGCAUAAUAGAGAAGCGUCCAGAAUUACUCACCUCUGCAGAUUUGGGUGAUAGAAAGAUCUCUGUUCUUCUUGGGGAGCCUUUCUUCACAACAAGUCUGUUGCCAUGGCACAAUCUGUACUUCUGGUAUGCAAGAACAGCUGUGAUUGAACACCUCGCCAACAACAUCACAGUGUUGCCACAAGCUGCCUCCUUGCACAUGGUGGUGGUUGAGUUCAAGGACCUGUGGCGGAUCCGAAGUCCAUGUGGUAGCUGUGAAGGCUUUGAUGUUCACAUUAUGGAUGAUAUGAUUAAGCACUCGCUGGACUUCAGGGAAGCCCGGGAAGCGGAGCCUCACCCUCUCUGGGAGUACUCAAGCAGAUGCUUGUCGGAGCCCCAGCUGGUCCUGACGUUUGACUUUCGCAAGCCUGUUCCUCAGCAGCCACUUAGUGCCAAAGGCUCCAUCACCCUGCAGAGGCCUGGAAGGAGCCAUGGAGUGGUCCUUUGGAUGGAGUACCAACUGACUGCCGGGAGCUCGGUCAGCACAGGACUGGUCCGGAUGCCUGAGGCCCAGGGUGAGUGCUCCUGGAAUCCCCACUGCAAACAGGCUGUUUAUUUCCUUAAUUCUACUUUGGAAACAAAAACUCAGGACAGUCCCCAGACUGUCACCUAUGCCCUUGAGUUUAACCCAAAGGUGGGGGAUAUUUCCAUGGAUUUCAGGCUUAUAAGCUAAAGUUAAUUUGUUCUCCUGGACUUUUCUAGUUAUAAAGAAAUAAAGUAGCACAGGAGCUGUUA